AUAUUUUAUGCUAGAUAUGAAGUGUAGGAUUGUUUCCAUCAAACGCAAAAAACUUGUCAUCUCUUCUCACGACAGUUUUUAAUAAAAUAGUUCUUCGAAAUGUGGUUAAAAUAUUGGUGAAAUUUUGCUGAGUGGCUUAUUUUUUGGUAAAUGCUCCUCAGACAUUCGGAUACAACUGCUCGAUGGACAGUAAAGCUUAUUGAGUUGUCCCUUACUAGUGUAAGUAUACUCCCAGCAAGACACUAACACUUUCCGGGGAUUCUUUCGCUAUCGAAUCAUCAUUAGAAAAUUCCACAAUUGUACAUAUUUGCCAGAUAAAUCAUCACACAGCAUAGGAUUAGACACAAAUAACCAUACAAAAAUGCUGAAACGUAACGUACUCCUACUGAUGCUGCUGUUUCUACUCGUAUGCAAUUCAUUCGUCACACUGAAUAUAAAUAUCGCAAUAGUUUCAAUGGUAGGAAAAUCAAACACCGAGACAGAAACCAUAGAUCAGGUAGUGAUUUGCCCCAACCAAUCAUUCUUCCUGAGAGAUUUUUCAAUAACUGAUGAACCAUCGUUUUCGAAUACUCAACAAGUACUCAGUGAAGUAUUUGAUUGGUCAGAAUCUGAACAAAACGUCGUACUAUCGGGCUACUAUUGGUUGAAUUAUUUUUCAAUUUUACCCGGUGGAGUUCUCGCACAUAAAUACGGAUCGAAAAUAGUGGCAGGCUAUGCGCAGCUUAUUGCUUCUUCAAUGUCGUCAUUGAUUCCGAUUGUGACAGUUUAUGGUCCACUAAAAGUUGCUUGGCUUAGAGCAAUUCAAGGAGUUUUAUCAUUUAUGGCUGUGCCAGCUGCAUUGUACACAAUAGUCGGGAAAUGGAUCCCACCGCAAGAACGAAGUAAAUUCAUGGCUGCUUUUUAUGGUGGUUCAGUGGUUGGCAUGACCGCCGGUAACUUUGUAUUUGGAUACACUGCGCAUUACAUGAGCUGGACAUACGUUUUUCAUUUGACUACAGUUUGUGGAAUAAUUUGGAGUAUAUUUUGGUACACGUUGGUUCACGAUUCACCAGAUCAACACCCCACCAUAACAGCAGAAGAAAAACAAUACAUUGAAAGUUGCCUAAAAGAAUCGACAUCCAAAACAAAAACUAGAAUUCCUUGGACAAGUAUUUUGUUCAGUGUACCAGUAAUCGUCAGUAUAUUGUCAAUGAAUGCAACGGUGUGGGUUUGUGUGAUGCUGAUAACAUAUGUUCCAGUGUAUCUUAAACACAUCUAUGGAUUGAAUUCGAAUGAAAUAGGAAUAAUUUCAAGCGUACCAAAUGUAGUAGUGGGCAUAUCAGUACUUGGAUUGGCGUAUUGUGUUGAUUUAACACUAAAAAAGAACUUACUCAGUAUCACUGCCACGAGAAAAAUUUGCACUUUAACAGGUGCUACAUUCGCUUCCAUUCCCAUAAUAAUUAUCGCAUUUACCAAAUGUAACCUGACACUGGUCAUUGUUUGCCUUCUAAUUCAUUACAUUACAAGAAUUUUACUCCCAUUUGGAGCUCCAUUGAGCAUGAUAGACAUGAGUCCUGAGUUCUGCGGAAUUAUUGAAGGAUUAUCAGGAACAUCAUCUUCGGUUCAAACGUUUCUGUUUACUUGGGCGGUGAAUUACUUCACUUCAAACUUGGGCUUCGAGGAACUGUGGAAAAUGGUAUUCUUAUAUUCAACAAUGUAUCUGGUUGUGGCCAGUCUGCUGUUUCUGAUUUUUGGAACUUCAGAGGUUCAAGACUGGAAUUAUAGAGGUCGAAGUGAACAGCGUAAAUGUGAGGAUGUAAAAAUGGCAAAUCUGAGAUGACUUCGUAACAUUUUUGUGAAUUUACUCGAAGCUACUCAAUAUAAAAUUUUAACCGAA